GCCCUUCUCGGAUGCAGGAGGUUUCUGACCAUUCAGAACGCUCAAGGCGCGUGACGUCAUCAAGGAUAGGCAUCGUUCCCUAUCCUUGCCCGCUAGCGGUGGCUAAUCUUAGCUGCUAUGGUUCACCACCACUUUUCCUAAAUAAAAAGCUGCUUGGAAUGGCUCGCGUGGCUCAGAGCGGAUUUAGGGAAUGGAGACUUUUUGGAUUUAAUGAACUAGCUGGUGCCACGAGGGCACACCGAAGCGAGUGAAAAGCUUGCGACACCGAUGCCAGGUGAAGGCUGCAGCUGAGACCCAGGAUGAGUGGAGCUGUGGAGCACACAGACAUCCUGUCAGUGGGAGAUGUGGUCAGGGACAGGUGGAAAGUGGCGAGGAAGAUAGGUGGAGGGGGUUUUGGGGAGAUCUAUGAAGUUCUGGAUCAGCUGAGCCAGGCCACCGUUGCCUUAAAAGUUGAGUCCGCCCAGCAACCUAAACAGGUGCUGAAGAUGGAGGUGGCUGUGCUAAAGAAACUUCAGGGAAAAGACCACGUGUGCCGCUUUGUGGGCUGUGGCAGGAACGAUCGCUUCAACUACGUGGUAAUGGAACUCCAGGGGAGGAAUCUGGCCGAUUUGCGCCGGACAAUGACCCGUGGCACCUUCUCAGUCUCUACAACUCUACGACUGGGCAAGCAGAUGUUAGAGGCCAUCGAAAGCAUCCACUCCGUCGGCUUUCUGCACCGUGACAUUAAGCCAUCAAACUUUGCGAUGGGAAGACUUGCUAGUACCUGCAGAUGCUGCUAUAUGCUUGAUUUUGGUUUGGCUCGUCAGUUUACCAACUCCAAUCAAGAAGUCCGUCCACCGCGUCCAGUGGCAGGUUUCAGAGGAACUGUGCGAUAUGCUUCGGUCAACGCUCACAAGAAUAAGGAGAUGGGCCGCCACGAUGACCUGUGGUCUCUCUUCUACAUGCUGGUUGAGUUCAUGGUUGGCCAGCUUCCCUGGAGAAAAAUUAAAGACAAAGAGCAAGUGGGAAAUCUAAAGGAGACGUACGACCACAAACUCAUGCUGAAGCACCUUCCGACGGAGUUCGGCACGUUCCUGGAUCACAUCAUGACCUUGGACUACUUCACUAAGCCUGACUAUCAGUUCCUGAUGUCGGUGUUUGAGAAGGCCAUGAAGAGCCACAAUGUGCUGGAGAAUGACCCCUAUGACUGGGAGAAAUGUGAUUCAGAGGAUAUGCUGACCACCACUGCCGCAGCAAACACAGCUCAGCAGCUCACUCGCCUCACCCCAGCGUACCUCGGCAUGGCCAACGCUUCGGUGCUGCCCGGCGAGCUGCAGAGAGAAAACACAGAGGAUGUCCUUCAAGGGGAACGCCUCAGCGAUGCUGACAACUGCCCCCCCAUCCCGACGCCGACCACUCCCGGUGCAGAUGUGUGGGAAGAGAUGGACCGCAGCCGCAACCAUAAACACGCGCAGGCGCAGAUCAGGAAGGUGGUGAGUGAGGAUGAAAAUAGUCAGAACCAGGGGAACCAGAGUCCCAACACUGGCUCCGUGCAGAGUUCCCCUAGACGGGUGAGGUCAGAGACCAUGUUCUUAGACCGAGCUGCACCGCUGCUCCGCAGGAUGAGGCAUAGCCAGAGCUUGGCUUUUGAAAAGAGGCUCGCACCUGAACCAAAGCCCACCAUCGAACGCUUUCUCGAGGCUUACUUAGGCAAACAGCGGCCCGUUCUUUGUCAUGUUGAAGAAAAAUCUAUACCUGAAAAGGGGCACGGCCGGCAAACGCCGUCCUGCAACGAGGAUCAAUCCGGCACAGCAACUCCCGACCCAGAAGACGCCGCAGCAAGCAGUGGCUUUGUGGCUGUCAACGUCAGCCCCGUUCCUCAGGAGGCAGACUCUCAGGAGUGGGUGAUGCUGGAGCUGGAGCAAGGCGGCGGCUCUGGAGGAUGCAAGCCUCCAGCUGAUGCUCUUGAAAACAAAACAGAGUCCUGUGUUAUAGCUGAAGCUGAGAACCGCUCCUCUGAGCCGCAGGAUGGCCAGACGAGCCCCGCAGUGCCCACCAGCCCCGUCCUGUCGCAGAUGGCCAUGCCUGGCACGUGGUUACUGGGCCACCGGAGGCUGCCAGGGAUGCUGGGACAAAUGCCUUCAGUCAUGAUGGGACGAGCCCAGAUGGAGCAGUCCUCCAGCUGCACGCCGCUGUCACCUGUACAGAAGAGUGAUGCAGCACCUCUAGAAGAACCUUAUAAAUCUGACCUGAGUGAUGGAGGGAAGUUGGUCUCGGUCCCAGUUCUGAGCCACGUCAAAGGCCCUGCAUCUCAUCUGACAAACGACAGAGAUCCAGAGAGUGAUUCUGGGCUUCCCGAUCGCUCCUCCGAACCGAAUCAGCAACCUCAAGUUGACACAGCAGGGGGCGCUGUGGAGAGCACUGUCACAGUCUCCUCUUCUCCUCCUCCUGCUCUGCUGAGAAGAAGAGACUCUCCCUCGUCCCCAAGGCUGAGUCGAAUCCCAAUACGAGAUUCCAGCAACCCGUUAGACUCUCUGAGCAGGGAUCCACACAUGGAUAGGCGUUAUCGCUGGAGCAGUCCAGCCCCCGGGUCCCCAACACACUCGCCCUCUCCCUCUCUGUCCUGCGACAACCUGCCCUGCGCCCUGCUGAGAGACAGGCUCUCCUCAGAGCGGGGCUCCAGGUCCGACUGCGCAGGAGAAGACCCUCUCUCCCUGUCGUCUUCAUCAGGAAGUAAAAGUAAAAUCCCUCGCCCUGUGAGCGCCACGUUUCUACCAGACCAGCUCACAAGCAGGUUUUUGCCUCGACCUCCUCCGGGAAAACCGCCCAUCCGCCCGAGUGUCGAUAGUAGACGACGGCGGUUAAGGGUGCGUGCCAGUAGCACCAGCGAUGCUGACUUCCUGGCCAGUCUGACCCAGCUGAUGCAGGAUCGUGGCGGGCUGCUCUUCAGCCCUUCUCCUCGCCCACGCAGCUCCUCCUCCUCCCUGCAGCGCUCGCUAAGCUCCUCCCCUACCCGACAAGAGCUCUGCGAAAGCGGGACACUGCAGAGACGCAGUCGCUCACCAUCCAGCCUCUCGGGCUCCCCUCCUCCUCGGCACGCUCAGCCACAAUACCGGGCCACAGAACCGGGUCAGUGGAGCCACAGCUCCAGAGGGAAAGGUCCGCUUCACGAGGGGAAAGGCUCUGGGAAAUUGACUCGAUGAGUUUUAUCCUCACACAAACGACUCAUCCGGAAUGUGCAACUGAUGGGAGAGAGGCCGCCUCACCUCCAGUCCCUCAUAGCAUGUGUACAUAUGGCAUUACUCAAGGGAAUGUACUGUAUGUAAUGUAAAAUGUAUGAUAAAUUGUAUUUAUUUAUUUAUUUAUUUGUUCGGAUGUGGGAAAAUGUUGAGGGAAUCUUAAGCUUGCCAAUGUUUACCUCUCAUUUCGCUACUCUUAUCGAAACUCCACAUAGACCUAACGAGACCAAAACAGUCAAGUUUAAAGUCGAAAAAGAUCUAACUGUAGAUAUGUACCAUAAAUAAAAUGGUAAUAACCACAAAACCGUGUACUUGCCAUUAGGAACACUAAUAAUAAACACUGAUGUAAAUCAGCAUUUCUGUACAAAGCAUGCAGCCUCACAAUGAUCUCUUUUUAUUUAUUAUAAUAAUGAAUUGCUCAUUUUUGGCAUAUCUUAGUGUUAUAGUGUGCUUUUACUCCACGCAAAAAAUCUUGUCCUGCAGCCACCAUCGGCUUAUUAGAACGUACAUUUUAAGUGCACACUCACUGUUGUAAACAUGCAUGAAUAUAUUUGCAUUUUUUUAUGUUUGUACAAUCAGCUGAUGCGUCUGUAUUUUUAUUGAACUGCUUCUCAUCAAAUACAUCCCAAUGUAGAC